ACGUUUAGUCGAUCGUGCGCAGUCGUGGUAUGUGCACACAGAACAUCCGGUCGGUAGAAUAGAUUCACCGCGGUCGAAUACAACAAUAAACCUGACCGUUUUUAUGUCGUUUUGUGCAUUCUUAUUCGCAAAAUGUGCUCUCGUUUUAGUAUAGUUUAGAUAAUUGAAACAUUCGUUACAAGAUUUAAUAAGAAAACAACAACGACAAGGCUUGUUACUACAUUAAUACACAACACUGGGGCGCAACAAUAAUACAAGCGCCACGAUGGUGGACUAUUACAGGGUUCUGGAAGUCCCGCGUGGUGCUACCACUGCAGAUAUUAAAAAAGCAUACCGUAAAUUGGCGCUUAAAUGGCAUCCGGAUAAGAACCCGGAGAAUAUGGAUGAAGCUAACAGACGAUUCAAAGAGAUUUCAGAAGCUUACGAAGUUUUAUCAGACGACACGAAGAGAAAAAUCUAUGACACGAGAUCGACUGCUCAAAGGAACAAUCCGAAAUCAUCGAGGUCCUUCAGGAGUUAUUUCGAUUCGCACACGCCCUUCCAUCGUUUCUUUGAAAAGAAACGAAGGGUUUACGACCAAUAUGGCAAGGACGGUUUAAUAAACGGCGGCGGACCAAGAUCUAGAAGUCGUCACGAUGAUGAUUUCGAUAUGGGCUUUGGUUUCUUCUCGUUCCGAGACCCAGACGAGGUCUUUAGGGAAUUUUUCGGAGGCACACCUUUCGCGGAUCUCUUCAGUGUGGAUCGUGACCGACGCAACAGACGCAACCAUCACCACCAUCACCAUCACCACCACCAUCCACACUCGACGGCGCUCACCUCGCACAUUUUCACCCCGUUUGGGUUUAGUUUAGGAGGCAACCUAAUGGACGAGUUUUUUGGUGCCACUCCCGGCGGUUUUACGUCAAUCAGCAGCAUGAACACGACGUUUACCAAUGGAGGACCAACAAAUGCUAAUGUUAAGAGGACGUCAACCUCAACUAGAUUUGUUAAUGGAAAGAAGAUUACUACUAAAAGAGUGUUUGAGAAUGGAAAAGAAACAGUGAUGUCCUAUGAAAAUGAUGUCCUAAAAUCAAAGACUGUGAACGGAGUCCCUCAAAGUAUAACUUACAACUAAGAAUGCUGUAUGUAAAAGCGAUUGAAAGUGGAAAUGGUUAUUAAAGUAAAACAAUAAAAAAAAAUUGACUAGAAUAAAAUUGAGUUUUUCCGAUUUCAAAAACAAAUUGCUGAUUUUUUGUUACAAUUCUCAUUGAAAAAUUCAAUUUUAUUAAAUAAUAAAAAAAUAAUAAUAAACUCGAUUCUUCAAUCCCUUGAAUUAAUUUUUUGUUUGUAAUUUCUAAUUUAAAAUAAUGAAAAAAAAUAUAAAUGUAUUUUUUUUUUGAUUAUAUCUUCCACUACGAACCAAUAAAUUACGUUUCUGUUUUACAGAGUUACUCAGUAUCUUUAUUAUUAAGAGUCAUCAUUAUUGUUUUCUUUCGUUUGUAAUUUUUGUUUCGUUUUAAUCCUAUUAAAAAUAUAAAAAUUUGUUGGGUUAAUUACUACGUUUUGUACUUAGGUUUAAUCGUUUUAAGUUCAAUAAAUUUUCAAUAAAAGGAUACAUUUAUUAAGAUCGUAAGGAGUUAACGCAAGACUGCUACCGUCAAAGAUUAAAAGAAAUAAUAAAUAAUAAAACGCUUAAAACGGCUCGACGUGUUAAUAGUACGCAAGUUCUUCUUAGAAGUUCGAUGUGAAUGUACAGCUAACGUAGAAAUUGAUGCGUUAUGAACAUAUUACAGUAUGUUACCUUUCUAUUGAAAUGUAUAGAAAGGUUUAUUUAAACGCAUAUUUAUUCAAGUUAGCUGUAUAUAUUUAAUUACAUACUAUUAUCGUUCGAUUCUCUACUUGUACAUAUUUUAGACCGAUUUAUUGGUGUCUGUAAAAUACCCAAAAUCACAUUCUGCAUAAAAAGUUAUGUAUCUUGAUUUUAUCUUAGAAGAAAAAAGGGAUAAGACAGCGCACUUGGAUGUAAUGAUGUUUUCUUUUUAAAUGUGCGCUUAAUUUUCUUUUUGGUGUACAGUUUAGUUAUUUCUCAUUCGUGUUAAGAUAAUCUGAAAUAAGUACUUUAAUGAUAAUUAUAAUAAAGAAUAUGGACGAUUA